AUGGAGUUCUUUCGGUCGCCAGAGUUCUCGGCGCGGGUCGAGCAGCUCAUGAAGAAGCACCACGUCCCCGGACUGGCGGUGGCCGUCGUGGACAAGGAGACGACGGCCUCAAAUGGCUGGGGCGUUGCGCGGCUGCAUCCGCCCGAGGCGUGCACCGCCGACACGCUCUUUGACAUUGCCUCUUCGUCUAAGUCGCUCACCGCGGCGUCGGUCGGCCUGCUGGUUGCGGACGACAAUCACCCGAGCGUCAAGUACGACGCCGUCAUGUCAAAGCUGCUGCCCGGCGACUUUGUGAUGCCGGGCGAGGGGUACACCGAGACGGUCACUGUGGAAGACGUCUUGAGCCACCGGACGGGCAUGGCCGCCCACGAUUCCUCAUACAUGAACUCGGAGUCGUCGUGCCCCGACGACGCGAAAUCUGUGACGCGGAACCUGCGCAACUUGCAGGUGGGCACUCCGGUCCGCUCAGGGUACGAGUACUGCAACAUGAUGUACACGGCCGCCACGUACCUGGUCGAAAAGGAGACGGGCGUCAAGUUUGACGACUUUUUGGAGUCGCGGUUCUUCCGACCGCUCGGCAUGGGCUCGUCCAACCUCGGCGUCAGGCGGGCGCAGGCCAAGGGGCUCGGAGAUCGUCUCGCCACCGGCCACGUCUGGAGAGACGAGGCGAACAGGUACGACGAGUUUGGCUGCUGGCACUGUCCCGAGGCGCAAGGAGCGGGGUCCAUUAUGACAAGCGCCAACGAAUACAUCAAAUGGGUUAAGGCCAUGAUGAACCAGGAGGCCCCAAUCACCAAGGACAUUUACGAGGGACUCAUCAAGGCUCGGGUCAUUUCAAACCCAGAGUACGAAAACAUGCGCCCCUUGACGUCUCCGACAUUGUAUGCAACGGGCUGGGAGGUGCACACCUACCGCGGGCACAUGAUUGUGUCCCACGAUGGAUCGGUGCCAGGGUUCGGGUCGACGCACCUUUUCCUCCCCGCGUUCAAGUUUGGCGCAGUCAUAUUCGGCAACGCACGGGGAGCCGGGGCUGUCGCAUCUAUCCUGACAUACGAGCUGAUUGACGAGCUGCUCAAGGUGCCGCGCGCGGAGCGGCUCGACUGGGACGACUUCGAGACACGCCUCCAAGAAAAGGUCAACGACACCGAGGGCUUGGAAAAGGAGGUGCGCGAGGAGCUCUGUCCUAGCCUCGAGCAGCCGGAGCCGCAGACGCUGCCCCUGAGCGGGUACACUGGAGAGUACUGGAACACGGGCUACCACGGCAUGACGCUGGAGGACAAGGACGACAAGCUCUUUGUCGACGCCACGGACCGGUCGAUGGGCUUUACGCUGACGUUUGAGCACUUGGCUGGCCAGAGCAAGUACAUUGCGCACCUGAGCGACAUGUUUGAAGGAGGCGCCGACCCGCUCAAGGCGCAGUUUGAGCUGGAAAACGAUCGAGCGGUCCGGAUGGGAUUGCAUCUCGAGCCGGAAAUAGAUGAGUUCAUCUGGUUUGACCGGGUUGAGCAAAAGUGA